AUGUUUACCUAUUGUAACGUGCUUUUGAAGUUCCAACUAAGUAAAGUAAGUUCCAAAAAUAAGCCCCACGGCUGUAUAGAGGUCCACAUAGCACUUGUGUUAGAUUCGACAGCCCUGUCUAUUGAGGACCACGCGGGUCAACCGCGCACCGGACGCGCAACCACCGUGAAGAUGCCAGAUGCCCUUCGGGGGCUCCAUUGUCCCCCCUUCGACCUCUACCUCCUCAGGCAUUGGCACUCCUUCGAUGUACACGUCGCCACUAACGCACUCAAGAUGUCUUCACUCGUCUUGUUU